AUGUCUGAGGCUACACCUGAAUCCAGUCGAACCAACACGAUGGACUCGAAGACGUCCCCACCUUCUCCAGACAAGCUGUACAGUAGUCAAGUGAGCCUGGUGGGCAUGCGAUCGGAGUAUGAAUCUGCCUCGGAAGCAGAAUCCACUGCCGAAGAUGAUGCUGCAGAUGCUCCCGGAUCUCACACACCAUCCCAGGCGACGAGUUCUGCAAAUCCACGGGUGACACCAGCAGCGAGCGCAGCAAAUCUGUCCGGUCUGGUCUGCAAUGUGCAUCGCACUACUGGCAAAGAGCCGCAUCCGCUGGUCGGAGCAACGACGACUGUUCUUGGAGACAAACUCUAUGUCUUUGGUGGUCGACGACUAUCGAGGACGAAACCUCAGCUCACCGCAAAUCUGUACGAACUUGACCUCAUCAGGCGUCACUGGACCAAGCUUGAGACGAAAGGUGACGUUCCACCACCGCGAUACUUCCACAGCGUAUGCGCGCUCGGUGACACCAAGCUGGUAUGCUAUGGCGGUAUGUCGCCUGCCCCGGCACCUGAAUUGAGCACAGAAGCACAACCAGAAGUGAUCGUUAUGUCGGAUGUCCACAUAUACGAUGUGCCUUCUCGAACAUGGACACGAGUGAAUACGCCUGAUGCGCCUCAAGGCCGUUAUGCGCAUUGCGCAGCGAUCCUGCCCUCUGCUGCUGUGUUUGCCUCUCGCGAUGCGCCGACUUCUGCUCUCCACCACAAUCCCGAAGGUGACAACCCGAACCAAGGGACGCUUGGUGUGAACAUCGAUGGCACUGGAGGUGCGGAGAUGGUUGUGGUCGGCGGCCAAGAUAGCGCCAACCACUAUAUCGAGCAAGUGAGCAUUUUCAAUUUGCGAAGCCUGAAGUGGACAGGCACUACAGGAAUGGGACGAAGCUGCGGAGCAUACCGAAGCGUGGUUACUCCACUGAAAACUAUGUCUGCCACGCAAAUUGGUGCUGGACCUCACGCGAGGAGUGAUAUCGAGGAGGAAGACGAUGAUGCCACCCCCACCACAAUCGGGUCUGGAUCGCCAAUGCUAAUCUACUCCAACUACAACUUCUUGGACGUCAAAUUGGAGCUUCAAGUGCGCCUGACCGAUGGGACUCUAACAGAAAAGCCAAUGCAGACCGCCGUCUCGCCGCCAGGUCUACGCUUUCCAAAUGGAGGCGUGAUAGAUAACCAUUUCGUGGUUUCCGGGACUUUCCUGACUUCGUCGAAGCAGGAAUAUGCUUUGUGGGCGCUCGAUCUGCGAACAUUGACAUGGAGUCGGAUCGACGCUGGUGGGAGUAUUUUCAGUCAAGGCAGCUGGAACAGAGGUGUUCUUUGGAGCCGCCGAAAUGCUUUUGUGAUCCUCGGCAACCGCAAGCGAAGUUUAGUGGACGACUACAACAACCGUCGCAUCAACUUUUCGAACAUUUGCGUGGUCGAGCUGGAAGCGUUCGGCCUCUAUGAGAAUCCAAGGACGGCUGAACCAAACUCUGCCUACGUCUCUGCCAGCGCAAUACCACCGCCGUUGGUUCCGCAUCAAUCGAAGGAGGAUGCUGCUUUUGGCAGACUGCUCAGUUCGGCGGCAGAAGACAUUGGCGCUCUUGCACUGAAUGUCAAAGAGCUUGCAGAUAUGGACUUCCUCGCCAUCGACGGCACUCGUGUACCUGUAAACUCACACCUCAUAGCACGCCGUUGGGGUCCGCACUUCGUCACUCUCUUACGCGAGUCAUUAAUGUCUGCGUCUGGAGACUCCGACGCUGCGACUCUUCGGCCACAGGCGUCAGGUCAUCCCUCACGGAACUCAAGCACUACCAUCACGGGCUCAGCAUCUGUCACAUCUGGUGGCACCACCCUCACGAACAACAGCAACGCUAUUGAGACCGCUGUGCCAGACACGCGGACAGCACCCCCGUCGAAGCGACCAAGACUAUUGUACUUGCCGCACACUGCGCCUACUUUGCAUGCGUUGCUCCAUUACUUAUACAGUUCAACAUUACCUGCACCACCACAUCCAUUAGCGACGCCUCAGAUCUUCUGCUCCCUGCUACAAUUGGCCCGUCCCUACAAGAUCGAUGGCCUGCUCGAAGCCACCAUUGAGCGUCUGCACCAAUGUCUCGAUGGCCGAAAUGCUGCUGCAAUAUUCAACGCUGCAGCCAUGGGCGCAGGAGGUGGUGACAGCGUACACUUUACUCCCACGGCUCGCAGCAUUCCAUCCGACCACAUUCCAAUCCGCACACAUAGCCUUGCCGGCUUGGAAGGCCUUCUGGCCAACGGCUCUCGCUCGGCAUCAGCUCUCCGGAUCGAUACCGAGAUGGCCAAUGCUCACGAAGACAACGAGGAGGAGCCAAUGAGUGCUGCUACAGACGCCAGCAUGAGCGAGAGUGAAAUGAGUCUCAGCUCUCGCUUGAGCAGGAAAGAGUAUCAGGAAGUGUGGAACGGGGCCUUGAGUUCGGUCGUCGGACUGCAAAAACGAGGCUUGAGAGGUUUGAUGGAAGGUAGGAGGAUGCGCGAGAGAGGAGGAGGACGUGAUGGACUUGAGGCUGGCAGGGUCGGUCUGGGUAUCGCUUAA